AUGGAUAUAAAGGACAGAAGGCACCGCUCUCUGACGCGGGGCCGGUGCGGGAAGGAGUGUCGCUACACCAGCUCCUCCCUGGACAGCGAGGACUGCAGGGUGCCCACGCAGAAGUCGUACAGCUCCAGCGAGACGCUGAAGGCGUACGACCACGACACCAGGAUGCACUACGGGAACCGCGUUUCGGACCUGGUUCACAGGGAGUCGGAUGAGUUUCCCAGACAAGGAACAAACUUCACCCUGGCAGAACUGGGAAUCUGCGAGCCCUCUCCCCACCGAAGCGGCUACUGCUCGGACAUCGGGAUCCUGCACCAGGGCUACUCCCUGAGCACGGGCUCAGAUGCGGACUCGGACCCCGAGGGGGGGAUGUCCCCAGAGCACGCCAUCCGCCUCUGGGGACGGGGCAUCAAGUCCAGGCGCAGCUCGGGGCUCUCCAGCCGGGAAAACUCUGCGCUCACGCUCACCGACUCCGACAACGACAACAAGUCAGACGAGGAAAACG